GCAACAGGCAAUCUAUCGCAACGGCUGGUUUUGGUCUGCCGUGUACGUUUUGUGAUACCUCAUACCAUUAAUUUACCACCGCCUUUCAACUUUCAAAUUGAAUCUCCCGAAAAGAGUCACUAUGUACUUGUUCAAAGUUGUUGGUAUUGUAGCCAUCACUGCAGUGAUUAAUGCUGCAUGGGGGUCAGACUUCUGUCCCUCUCUGCCCAACAUGGACUGUUCCUGCCCAUCAGGGUGGGGACUGUGGCAGACAUCGUGCUAUCGACUUACUAAUUCCACAUCUACCUGGAAGAGCGGCAAGCUGGCUUGCCAAAACAUUGGGGGCAAGAUGGCUGUAUCUCACUCCCUCGAGGAAAUGAAGUUCAUGGCUAAUUUGAUUCGACAUAAAGACAGCGAUUACCACGUCUGGAUUGCUUGUAAUGACAUCGAGGUCGAAGGAAACUGGACGUGUGACGGCCAGGAAGGGAGCAAGCCGUUCAUGGGAUGGGGACCUGGGCAGCCGGAUGAUGCUGGAGGGGAUCAAGAUUGUGCUACAAUAGCUGCUGCACAUAACGACAGUAUGGAUGACAAUAACUGUUGUUAUGAAUACGACACCUUUUGUGUUCGUCAGGCUAACUGUACUCAUCGCCUAACCCAACCCCGUCGCUACUGCUUCUCUACCGACACCCAUGGCCGCAUUCUCAACUCAACCUGCCUCCUCGGCCACGUUAUCCGGGAGUUUACCACCGACAGCGUCAGCGCCUGUGGCUCGUCCUGCGUCGAGGAGCCUGGAUGUCGCUCUUUCAACAUCAAGAAAAACGGAGGAGGGAAGAAACUUUGCCAGCUUAACAACAUCACAAGCUCAGAGGACAAGGACAAGUUCCAAACCAUCGGGGAUUUCUGUAUCUACUCAGAAAUUUGCAUCGGCUAGACUUGGACUGUCUUGGAUCUGCAGUCAAUGAUGCUUAACUUGAGCUUAUAGAAAACAAUUUCGUUUUGGCUGUUCAUCAACGAAUUUCUUUUGAUUCUUUUGUUUGAAAAUUUGGCAAUGGCAUAACGAGCGCAGCGUUUCAGUUCAGUGCUAAAGGAAAAGAGAGACUGAGGCGAAAUAAUGAGGCAGAGAAAUACUUGGGUUCUCAUUUGGAACGAAAGGGCUUGGAUGGAAACGGAAGCGACUAUGCAUAAUUGGAUUCGUUUCAAUUUUCAACCAAUUGAAAUAUUUUGUCUAGAAACAAUGCCUGUUUCUUUUCAUCAUCACACCUUAUAAAAUCGACUUUCUGAACAUUAUUUUUCUAUAACUGCAAAUUCACGACCUCGGAAACAUAAAUUUUAAACUUCUUUUAGGGCUUUGUUGUAUUUAUAUUAGUAUCAUGACAUAAAAAAUGCUUCAUUUGAAGAUAUUUUUCUUUCAAGCUGCCUGCUUCUAAAUUCGCAUUACAUUUCUGGAAAAGAUUUUGAAACUCUCUGAUUUUAUUCAUCGAUUCAGUGUUAAAACCAUCCCUACGUUUGGGUUUCAUUGAUAUUAUACUGACGUUUGAUCGAUGUUUUAACUUUAUUUCCAAGCAGCAACUAACCGUUCAAUAUCAUUAACUGAUCGCAAUAACCUUUGACCAACAUUAAGUUGAUACAAAAAAUAUGUAGUCACUUGUUUAGAAUCAAUUCCGCCAGUAAAACACGUUUUUGUGUCUGCAGACAAAUCUCGCGAACAUUUCUAUAUCCGUUUUUUUAUAUCAAUUUGGAGUACUGAUGGAUAAGAGACCAACAGUUAUACGUGCACUAAUUCUUGCUUAUACACAAACGGCCUUUGAUAUAUUUCAAUUAAACAAUCGUGACUUGAAAUGUUAUCGCUUUGUCGAUGGGAAUGGGAACAAAUUAGUAAGUCCCAUUACCAACAGGAUUCACAUUCGUUUUCUACGAUGAUAUUACCUUCAUCAUGUUUAAUUUGAGUAAUGUAAUAUACUAGGCUACCAGUUAUUUAGAAAUCAGUGUUAAGUUACUACAUUUUGUCAAAUUUUUAUGGUUGAAUGUCUUAAGUAAAAUGAUAUUUCCACUUAUUGAUUUUUCUCCAGGCCAUUCGUUGUAGUGAAAAGUUAAAUGUCCAACUUGCAUAGUUUUGAAUGUUCAAAAACGAAACAACCGAUUUCGUCAGUAACUUUAAAAUGUUUUAGAAUUUGUAAUUAUUUUUUUUUUCUUUUCUUUUCUCAAUCAACGAGAAUUUGACAGAGUAACGAGACUCCAGAAUCGAUUUUAUCUCUUACCGGAGAUUCCCUUGUGAACAUGAAGUAAAUCUCUUUCAGUACUGAAAGUGCAAUAGGCGUCUGCUUUUCUGAUGAACAGGAAUAGAAUUGCCCGCAAGAGUUGAACUAACAACCAACGCUGCAUACCUGACUACGUAGGUUUUCAUGACAACCGUCGCAAUUGGAAACUCCACUCACUAUUCACAUGGAGCGGAUUCACCCGCAAAUUGUCCCAGAUUUCGAGCAUCGUUUUUCUAUUGCAUUGAUCGUUGAAAUAUUUUUUCUUUCUUUUUUGUUGUUGUUUGUGAUGUUUGGACACAAGGGGCUGUAUCUAGAUAUCAUUUGAAACAAUUCUGAGUAAAAUUGAAAUUAUUUUAUUUGUGAAAGUCCAGUUUGAAGACUAUUUAUAUUUAUUUAUUGACAAUACACUGGGAAAUUUUUCACGAAAUGUCACAAUAAUGAGGUUGAGAAUCAUACCGUAUUUAGCAGUGGUAAGACACCUCUUGGUUUGUAUUGAAACUUCAGAGCGAGUGUAUUCAAAUGUAUUGAUUGCUGCGUCACAUCGAAGGAAAAACGUAUCUUUUUACAUAUCUGGGAUCAUGGGGGUAAAAUUUCAGGGGGCCAAAAAGUCACAACCUUUCAUGCUUAAAUCUACAUUAAAGUUUCAUUUCCAUUAUUCCAAGAACAACAUUUGGUGAGAAAUAUCGUGAUAUGACCUAAAAUUUGACGAAAAUGGAAAUGUACCGGAUGUGCGAUAAUGUCAGUUUACUCUAAGCACGCUGCUUUCGUUUUCAAAAUGGAGAAUACGUACUCUGUUUCUCGUUAUAAAACUUCAGUUUCUGUUUCUGAAUAAAUACUCAGAGUAGUAAAAUAGGAA